AGUGCGCAACAUUUCUCAGCCAGCUUUGGAGACGUAUGACCGGUGGACCAUACAUUACGAAUACGUCGUCACCUGUGAGUUCUUCCCCGGCCGUGACCGCGGUCGGACGUGAUCCGUGAAAUAAUGUACCGGGAAUAACAAUUCAGGAGUUCGAAAUGUAUCUUCUAGUGAGUGUUAUUGUUGUUGGACUCAUCUCGAGCGGAGACGGCCAGUCGCCGUGCCCAGGGACUUUUGAAUACAUAAACGAUGAAUUGGGGAUACACGGGCUGAUCCAGAUACAGCCCAAUGGACCAGUGUCGGCCAUCACCACUAGGGUGAACUUCACCAUUGCUGCAAGACUGCCUUCUAACUACGUAGGCCAAAUAAAGCCGGUGGACGAAGAGCACUCGCUCCAGCGCUUCAACCAGGGGGCGCCGCUGACGUACCGCGUGCACUUCCCCGUCACCUCCCCGCUGCCCAAGCUCACGUCGCUCGUGGUCAACAACCAGGAGCUGUGCUCUGGACCGCCAGAUUUUUCACAGCCAGGCCAAUACAUCAGCACCAUCAGUCUCCAACAUAUGCUGUACCUCCGCGAAGGGUCUCCUAACAGCGUAUUGUACCCCUACGAGCCCACAAUCCCUGAGAAGCCAAUAUACAACCAACCGGUUUACAGCAAACCGGUUUACGAACAACCGGUUUAUAACCAACCGGUUAACAAACAGCCUUCAUUCGGCAGGCCGGAUGUAACUGGCAUCUUCAAUGGACCAAUCACCAUCACUGGGGUCCCUACUAACACGGCUGGAGCCCCGACGCAGAAGUUUACGUUACAGGGAUCUAAUGGAGCUUACUACACUCUCGUCGUGAACAAAACUCAAGGCUCGUCUCAGCCGGGUGGUGGCCAGAACUUCCAAGUGUUUUUGGAAACUACUACAACGUCUAGAUACCCCCAGACGCCACCAGCUCAGUUCUAUCCAGGGUUCCCCGAGAAUCCAACUCGCUUCGACCAACCACCUCCAGACUUUAACCCUUACGAGACUGAAAGACCACCAGUUCGCCCGAUCAAAACGACACCACCACCACCACCAAAACAGGAAACGCCGCUAACUCCUCCUCCUGACUACAACCCCUACGAAACAACCAAAAGGCCUGUCUACCGCCCUUCUAAACCUGACCAGCUCGACGGGCAAAAUGCAAAGCCUUCACUCAUCCCAGAUAGCAACAACGAGUGUGGCGUGAUCGCCGGCGGGAACGAGCACCAAGGCCUGAUCUACAACGGACAGGCCUACGACCGGGGCCAGUGGCCGUGGCUCGUGGCCCUCUUCAAGCAGCGGGCCACUACUCUGUCGUUCAUAUGCGCGGGGACUCUUAUCUCACCGAAACACGUGGUUACUGCGGCUCACUGCAUGCAGCAGAAGAACACCAAGCUAGCCACCCAAGACAUCGUGGUGAAGGUGGGCGCGUACAACGUGAAGGAUUGGGGCGACGAUAUCUCGCAGACGCGCACCCUCGUCUCCGCCGUCAUUCAUGAGAGAUACAACGCGUCCACACUUGCAAAUGACAUCCUCAUGCUCACGCUGGACCGGUCCGUGGAGUUCAACACCAACAUCCGCGCCGCCUGCCUGUGGACGGGCAAGACGGACCAAAACAGGAUCAUCGGCGAAGCGGGAGUGGUUGCAGGCUGGGGCAACAGCGAGUUAGGGCUAGCGGGCGAAGCUCUGCCAAGGAUGGCACGCGUGCCCAUCGUCAGCACCGCCAUGUGCCGCGCCAGCAACGCUGACUUCCACAAGCUCACCUCCGAGUACACCUUCUGUGCAGGUGACCGUAACGGGGUGGGACCCUGCCUAGGGGACUCCGGCGGUGGCCUCUACAUCAUCGAAGAUGGCCGCUGGCGCGUCAGGGGAAUCGUCUCGCUCUCUCUCCGCCAAGAGAAUGGAGAUGACACAUGUAACCUGAACAACUACAUCGUCUUCACGGAUGCAGCCAAAUACGACAAGUGGAUUAGAAAUAUUGUACAGCAGUCUAGUCUGUUCUAAAAUUCUCAAUUCUCAAUGUCUCUCAAAGACUUCUUAAGUAUUGUUACUGGACAGGCUGUCAUUAAAAUAUUGCUAGGUAUAGGAUCUGAUUACUAUCACAAACUUAAGAGGACCAGCCCCC